AAAUGCACCAUGCAACCAGUGAGGAUGUGGUAAAGCACCUCGUUGCACCUUGUAUGAAAUCGGUCACUGCCCUCGGGUGGCAUAGUGGUGCGGCCCGACGCAUCAGUCCAGAGGCUUUGGAACCGUUCAUCGCAAACAUAGAAAUAAUACCGGAUGUACGACAUCUCCACUAUACUGGUCAGGCUCUCCAUUAUUUAUUACUACGACACCGACAAAUUACUCGAUUGAGCACGGACUGGUCAUCUCUGCCGUCAUUGAAAUACGAAGACUUGAGUAGCCUUCGAUGCCAAAUCUCGCACAUGAGUGUGCUUUUGACUCAAUAUGAUUCUCACUUGUUGUUCAGAACUAUAGCAAAAGCCCCUCAUCCAUUCCGAAACCUUCAGCAUAUUGGGACAUUCUUACUGAACUCAACAACAAGCUCUGAGCUGCUCAAUGAACUUUUACGUGCUCUCAGCCAACUCAAAGCGUUGGAACGGCUUGUGUCGCUCGAUGCAGCAUUCGACUAUACAUGGAAUUUAAAAAGAGAACAAUACAAUCUCAUCUUUCAGGGAGGUCUUCAUCAAGUCUCUGAACUAUUCCCCGCUCUUCGUAGAGUUUUUCUUCAUUGGAAAGGAUCGUCAACGGAUAUAUGGGUACUCUCGACCAAUUGGGAGUGCCAGGCACAAACAUGCGAAAUAACAUCUUUCGACCUCGUUAGCGAUUUCAACCCACCGCCAUGGGAA